AUACAGACUGCUGCACCAGAAAAUUGCCCAAAUCACAUUAGACUAUUCAUUUUCCCGCCUAGCAGAACAGGGGAAGGUGAGAGAAAUAUCGCAAGAGCGAAUGCUUGGAAGAUUUCGUUCCGAUUCAUCACAAGGUUACUUAUUCGACUAGGGAAAUGGAAAAGGUUUGUGAAGAGAUGGAUAAUUCCCCAUCUUUGCCCUCAUUAUCACCAACUAUACCACCAAGUGUGAAGGUAGAAAAAGUGGACUUGCUCAAGCGGUCUAUAAUUAGCCGGCCUGGAUUUGGGACUUCUGGACAGCACAUCUCUCUGCUCACAAAUCACUUCAAAGCUUCUGUCAAAAAUCCUGAUGAAAUUUUUUACCAUUACAGCGUUUCCAUUCAUUUUGAGGAUGGAAAAGCUGUUGAUGGCAAGGGAAUUGGGAGAAAAGUCAUUGAUAAGCUUUACCAAACAUACUCUUCUGAACUUUCUGGGAAGAGUUUUGCAUAUGACGGGGCACAUAGUCUGUAUACAGUGAGGCCAUUACCUCAAAAUUGCUCGGAGUUCACAAUAAUUCUUGAGGAGUCUAUUGGCAAAAGUAGUGGGAGUCCUUCCAAUGACGGGAGCCUGAGUGAAUCUGGUAAAAGGUCUAAGCACUCUCUACAGGCGAAAACAUUUAAAGUAGAGAUCAGUUAUGCAGCCAAAGUGCCGUUGAAAUUUAUUUCUUUUGCCCUUCAAGGAGCUGAACCAGAAAGAGUUCAAGAUGCAAUGAGGGUGCUAGAUGUUAUACUCAGACAAGAAGCUGCUAAUAGAGGGUGCCUUUUAGUGAGACAAUCAUUCUUUCAUGAUGACUCACGGAUGUUCUCUGAUGUUGGAGGGGGUGUGACUGGUGUAAGAGGAUUUCAUUCCAGCUUUAGUCCGAAUCUUGGUGGCUUUUCUCUGAAUAUGGAUGUAUCUACAACUGUUAUUUUGACACCUGGACCUGUACUAGAUUUCCUGCUUGCUAACCAAAAUGUGAGAGAACAUUGUUAUAUUGACUGGACAAAGGCAAAAAAGACGCUGAAGAAUAUGAGGAUUAAAGCCAGGCAUCAUAAUAUGGAGUUCAAGAUCAUUGGUUUCAGUGAGAACCCUUGCCAUCAGCAGUUUUUUACGUUGAAAUUGAGAAAUGGUAAUCGUGGCGAUGACGGAGGGGAGACUUCUGAAAUUACCGUGUAUGAGUAUUUUACCAAACACCGUGGCAUAGAACUUAAACAUUCAGCCUUCAUGCCAUGCCUUGAUGUUGGAAAACCUAAACGACCGAUCUAUAUGCCACUGGAGCUGUGCUAUCUGGUUCCUCUACAAAGAUACACAAAAGCAUUAUCACUGACGCAGAGAACAUCUUUAAUUGAAAAAUCAAGGCAGAAGCCUCUCGAUAAAAUUAAAGUUAUAACAGAUGCUGUGAAGAACUAUUGCUACGAUGGCAACCCACUCCUUGCUACUUGUGGCAUUUCAAUUGAAAAGCAGCUUACUCAAGUUGAUGGCCGUGUCCUCGAGGCACCCAAGUUAAAGGUUGGCGGAGGUGAAGAUUGCUUUCCUCGGAAUGGUCGUUGGAACUUCAAUAACAAGAAACUUUAUAGAGCCACAUGGAUAGACAGCUGGGCAAUUGUCAACUUCUCUUCAAGUUGCGAUAUAAGCUAUAUUUCAAGGGAACUUAUCAAUUGUGGAAGGAACAAGGGCAUUCACAUUGAACGCCCAUAUACAUUACUUGAGGAAGAUUCACAAUCUAGAAUAGCUGGGCCUGUGAUACGUGUAGAAAAGAUGUUUGAACGGCUAAUGACCAAGUUACCUGACCCUCCUGAGUUUCUUCUCUGUGUCUUGGCGGAGCGGAAAAACUCUGAUAUUUAUGGACCUUGGAAGAAAAAGUGUCUGAGUAGCUUGGGUAUUGUUACCCAAUGCAUUGCUCCUAUUAAGAUUAAUGAACAGUACCUCACAAACGUGCUUCUCAAAAUCAAUUCCAAGCUAGGAGGGAUCAAUUCAUUGUUAGCAAUAGAGCAUUCUCGUGGAAUUCCCCUCAUCAAGGAUACACCAACAAUGAUCUUAGGAAUGGAUGUCUCACAUGGGUCUCCUGGUCGAUCAGAUAUCCCAUCCAUUGCUGCUGUUGUAGGAUCUCGACCAUGGCCGCUGAUAUCAAGGUAUAGGGCAGUUGUGCGAACCCAGGCUUCAAAGUUGGAAAUGAUUGAAUCUUUAUUCAAGCCUUUAGCAAAUGGGGAGGAUGAUGGCAUUAUGAGGGAACUGCUUCUGGAUUUCUAUCAAAUCAGCAAUCGGCGCAAACCAUCUCAGAUUGUUGUUUUCAGGGAUGGUGUGAAUGAAUCACAGUUUGCUCAAGUUAUGAACACUGAGCUUGACCAAAUGAUCAAGGCGUAUCAGCAUCUUGGUGAGGUUGAUGUUCCAAAGUUCACUUUCAUAGUGGCUCAAAAGAAUCAUCGCACUAAACUAUUUCAAGCUGCUGCCCCUGGAAAUGUCCCACCUGGUACUGUUGUGGACACCAAAGUUGUUCAUCCUACAAAUUAUGAUUUCUUCAUGUGUUCUCAUGCAGGGAUGAUUGGUACAAGUCGGCCUGCCCAUUAUCAUGUCUUGCUUGAUGAAAUUGGUUUCUCUCCUGAUGAUUUACAAAACCUUAUCCAUUCACUGUCAUACGUGAACCAAAGAAGUACUAUUGCGAGCUCACUAGUUGCACCAAUAUUUUAUGCACAUCUUGCAGCCCAUCAAAUGGGACAGAUUCUAAAGUUCGAGGAUUUUUCUGAAAGUUUGUCCGGACAGGAAAGUAUCCCCGUUCCUCAGCUGCCCAGGUUGCACAAGGAUGUUGCAGGUUCCAUGUUCUUUUGUUGAAGUAACUAGAAUGUUCUAGCAUUAGAUAGGAAUUGAUCAACUUAACAAGAAAAUACUCGGGGGUACAGGAAUAUAGGUCACCCCGGGUUUUCAUCAUGGUGGGGUGAAGAAAUAGACGAAGAUCAUUCUGAAGAAGCGUAUUGAAUCGUUCUAAAUGUCAUAUCUACUUUUUGAUGAUUUGACUAUUUGACCUUUGGCUGCUUUGUUUUUUCUUUCUAGCUAUAUUUGCCGAGAUUUUGCAUCCACUUGUUUGAAUGCUAUCUUAGAUGUCUAUAUAAUUUCAUAUUUCUUGAAAAUCAACUUGUCUCCUACAUUAGUAACUGUUCCAUAACGUUUUGAGACACAUUCAGGAUCGUAGAAUCCUGUUUACAAUGAAUCACUUUUCUUAUAA